AUGUGGUGCCUGGACCAGCAGCUCAGCGUCACGGGGAACUCAUCAGAAGUGCAGGCUGUGAACCUGAAACCCAAGUCCUCCAGGGACUUUCAGUCUAUGGAGGAUACAGAUGCAGGACACAAUUACACCGACAGGUAUGGGGUUUAUUUUGAUGUUGUUAAUCGCUUAACAGGACAAACUGUAGAUAAAUCCUUGAUUUUCAACAUCAGGAUCAGCGAUGUGAACCAUCAUGCGCCCCAGUUCCCUGAGAAGGAAUUUAACAUCAGUGUGAAGGAGAACCACGCUGCAGGUAUUCAACCUAUUUUUGAGAUGUUAACAGUGGAUUUGGAUCAAGAAAAUACUCCAAAUUCUCAUGUCCUUCACGUCCUUGUUUCCCAAACACCGUUACUGAGAGAAAGUGCCUUCUGGAUUGACCGUAUUAGUGGAGAAAUACGACUGUCAGGAUGCUUAGAUUACGAGACUGCUCCUCGGCUUGCAUUCCUCAUCAGAGCGGGGGAUUGUGGAGGACCACCGUUGUCAUCCACGGCCAUGGUUCACAUACGUGUGCGAGACGGCUACAACCACAUAGCGGAUGGCCGAGCCAGCCAGGGCGUGUUAUGUCUUGAGGUCCAAGAUGGUGAUUCGCCCUUUACGUCAGCAUGGAGAGUGAAGUUCAAUAUAUUCAAUGGCAAUGAAGAGGGGCAUUUUGACAUUUUGACUGAUCCUGAGACCAAUGAAGGGAUUUUAAAUGUAAUCAAGCCUUUGGACUGUGAGACUCAGCCAGUGCGGUGCCUGGUCGUGGCCGUGGAGAACAAGGAGCUGCUCUUCUCCUGCGAAGGGGGGCGGCUGCAGAGGCCCCAGGCUGCGGCCAGCACCACCGCGAGUGUGCGGGUGGCCAGCGUCAACGACCCGGCCGCCUUCCUCCCCGGAACCUUCAUCAUCAGUGAAGGCGUCGGUGCUGGGCCUGGGACUCAGGUGGGAAUUUUUAAUGCUACUGAUCCGGACAGAACUGCCAGCCGGAUAAGAUACGAAGUGGCUUAUGAUCCGGCAGAUUGGGUCAGUGUAGAUGAGCUCUCAGGGGCAGUGCUCACCAGGAAGCAAGUUGACCGCGAAUCCCCGCAUGUGAAUGAAAGCUUUUACAUGAUCAUCGCUCGUACUUGUUGAUGAUGGUGUCCCGCCACAGACGGGGAUGGGCCCAUGCUGCUCUUCCUGUCAGACACCAACGACGACACGCCCACCCUCCACCCAUGGUCUCGAUACCUGGAGGUGGAGUCUGCAGGAGGCAGGCCCCGCCCCAUCGAGGUGGAGGACUGGGCCCAGGAGCCCUACUCCCACCCGUUCACCUUCAGAUUGGACAAUACGUGGGCAAACACAGAAGACACGUGGAGACUGGCGGAAAAUCAUGGUGAGUCGCUCAGUGGAACUUAUGCUGAGAAGCCUCCGCGUGGCGACUACUUGGUGCCGCUUUUCAUCGGAGACAAACAGGGACUUUCCCGGAAGCAGACUGUCCAUGUGAAGGUCUGUUCCUGUCCCGGUGGAUUCACAUGUGCAGACCCUCCGUCGGGAGCCGGGCUCCUCCAGGGGGUCCUGGCCUCUCUCUGUGCAGCGUUCAUAGCUCUGGCAGCCGCUCUGCUUUUCCUGCUGAGAUGCUAUUUUGUGUCUGGCCAGAGGCAGGGCUGCUCUCUCCCAUGUGAGGAAGGCAUCCAGACCCUGAUCAUGUGGAACGAUGGGAGGGACAGUGGGCAGUGUGGAGGCAUUUUGGUGGUCACAACUCAAUUGGGAGUGCAGUGGGGGGAUGAUGCUUUUGGCGUCUGGCAGGAAAGGUCAUUCGUCAGGGAUCAGAUGUCAGCCCUGUCCGUCAACACAGCCGAGGCAGGUGCCACGCUGGGAGCUAAGGUUUACCUGGAUACUGUGGUGCCCAGAGGACCCCUGGAAGUGAGGGUACGAGUGAUGGCAGGGAUGCUGAGUCAGCAGCUCAGUGGUGCUGACAUCCCCAAGGGAGACCCUGAUUACCCACCUCACGUCUACGCAGAGCAGGGCAAGUGUGAGCGAGUAGAGACCCGCAGUUCUCUCGCCUUCUCCGAACAUGACCUGUGGCCUGACUUGCUGGACUCUUUGGGGCCAAAGGCUGCUCCACUCGAAGAAAUAUAUUCUGAGUCAGGCUGGAACAUGGCUGUAAAAGCAGGCUAUCGGGAGACCUUGGGAACGGAGGCUUCCGACCAUGGGAUGAUGUGUUAG